CCAGCGCAUAAUUAAAAUAAUGCUGCAAUUGAGGAAAAAAAUAUGCAUCUACCUUAUGAAUAAGAAUUCAUAUUACUGCUCAUGCAAACACGCGUGCUAAUCGACAAAAAUACGAUCUCCCUCGAAAAAGCAUCUUUAUCUUUCCGACAAUCAUCGUGACGACUUCAAUUCAGCAAACUUCGACUUCGCCUUUGUUCGUUCACCCACAGAUGCUCAGCAGUGAGUUAAUUGCAAGAUAAGAUACGCGAGCAUAUUUACACCCGGCUGGUGGGGACCGACGCAAUACACCUCACUGAUCGAGCUAACCAGUAGUGCCUGUGGCCUGAUCUAUUACUUCUUCAAAAAAAGGCUCAGCUACUUCGAGGAUCUGGGAGUUCCCUACGUGCCAGGAUGGCCAUUUUUUGGCAACAUGUCCGGCCCGUUCCUCUUCAGGAAGCACGUCACCGAGGCGCUCGUGGAUUUGUACAAGACCAAUCCGGAAACCAAGUACAUCGGCAUAUUUGUUUUCAACGCUAGACCGGUGAUUUUGCUUCGCGACCUCGAGAUCAUCAAAACGAUCGCGAUCAAGAACUCGGACAAGUUUCCGGACCACCUGGCCUUCGCCACCGAGGACAUGGACCCGAUGUUCGGAGCUAACCUCUUCAACAUGACGGGAGACAGAUGGCGGGAAAUGAGGAGCAUUCUGAGGCCGGCCUUUACGUCGAGCAAGUUAAAGGCGAUGUUCCAUCUGAUGGUCGAAUGCGCGGAGAACUUUGUCAAGUAUGUCGACGGUCUGCCGGCGAAUUUGAGAAAAUUCAUCGCUACCAAGGACUUGUUCGCCAAAUACACGAACGACGUGAUAGCCAUUUGUGCCUUUGGCAUCAGUGUCGACACGCUAAAGGAUCCCAACAACGAUUUCUACGUACUUGGAAGGCAGGCGACCAAUUUGGAGGGAGUCUUGGCGUUUAAGAUGUUCCUGUUCAGGUCCUUCCCGGCGAUCGUCAAGCUAUUCAACCUGAGGUUCGUCACCCCCAAGGUGGUCAACUUCUUCACGAACAUCGUCAAAACCACGGUCAAAACAAGGGACGAGAAGGGCAUCACAAGACCGGACAUGCUGCAGCUAAUGAUGGACGCGCGAAGCAAAGGCUCGAAGGGCCUAGAGAUGGACUUGAACAUGAUGACGGCUCAGGUCUUCUCCUUCUUCUUCGGCGGAUUCGACACUACCUCUUCCCAGAUGUGUCUGAUGGCUCACGAGCUCGCGAUCAACCCCGACGUCCAGAAAAAGCUCCAGGACGAGGUUGACCAAGUUCUCCGUGACACCAACGGAAAACCAACCUACGAUGCCAUCAACGCUAUGCAGUACCUCGACGCUAUCUUCAACGAGACCCUACGAAAGCACACUCAGGGUUUCAUGCUCGACCGACUGUGUCGAGCCGAUUUGGAGAUACCACCGGCAUUACCCGGUGGCAAACCCUUGACCCUGAAACCAGGUAUGAACGUUUGGAUCCCGUCUUACGCGUUACAUCACGACCCUCAUUACUACGAGGACCCGGAGAAAUUCGACCCGGAGAGAUACGUCCACAAGAAAGUUUCGAUCAAUGACGCAAUCAACCUCGGAUUCGGUACCGGACCCAGAAGCUGCAUUGGUUACAGAUUCGCCACAAUGGAAGUGAAAAUUUUGUUCUUCCACUUGCUUGCCAAAUUUUCGUUCAAGCCCAACGAGAAUACGUGCUCGCCGCUUACUUACGACAGGAAGAAGUUCAUCUUGGUACCGGAGAAGGGAUUCUCCCUGGCCAUCGAAUCUAGGAAUUGAGAUAAUUAACGGAAGAUUUAGUAUUAUAUCUUUCAUAAAAACGUAACGUAUGUAAAGUAAGAAUAAAUAUUCGUUUAUUUAAUUAACAA